CAUUGUUCCAUUUAACAUCUCUAUAAAACAACAAUUUUGAAGUGAAUGUUCCACUUAUUGCACAUGAUAAGAAAUAUGUUAUGAAAGAGCGCAGCUAUGAAUUCAGAAGUAGAAUUUCACAUCAGAAACAACUAUCCUUGGGGAAAGCUCCCGGGAAAUAUAAAGCAGUUACUUGGUCAUUCCCCAAAGGAAUAUGAGAAAUGUGUCUUCAGCUAUAGUAUCAAGAAUCAACUUCGUUUCAAAGGCAACCUCAUACGGCAAGUAAAGAAAGAUGAUCGCAAGUACUACGAAGACCUGCUCAAGUACAGCCGAGAUCACCUGAUGCUCUACCCUUACCAUCUAUCGGAUAUCACAGUCAAAGGACUAAGGAUAACACCCUUCUCUUACUAUCUAAGCAUGAUGCAUGAUAUCAUGUCGAGUGAAAAGAGCUAUGACUCACUGCCAAAUUUUACUGCUGCUGAUUGUUUAAGGUUACUUGGGAUUGGAAGGAAUCAGUAUAUUGACAUCAUGAAUCAAUGCAGAUCAUCAAAGCCCUCCCUUAAUCGUUCUGGUAGUAUUCAAAAAUUCUUCCGGAGGAAACCAAUCCGUGACCUGCUUCCAGGCAAGCCUAUAGAGGAUGUGAGCGUGGAGCCAUGGUGGAUGGUGCAAGCUGGAUACAUCACCGAGGAUGACAUCAGGACUGUGUCAAUAGCUGAGAAGAAUGCUAUAGAUCGAAUCAUCGAUACAGGGUCUCAACCAGCUGGUGCAAUGGAUUAUUACAUAGUGCAUAAACUAUAUCUGAAGGGUCUUGUUUAUGUUGAUGUGCCAAUUGAAGAUGAUGAUUAUAUAUCAGUACCUCCACUGGAAGGCUUUGUCAUGAAUCGUCUCCAAGGUGAUUACUUUGAGAAGCUCCUGUAUAAAAUCUUUGUCUCCAUCGAUGAACACACAACAGUAGCAGAGCUUUCCAAUGUACUCCAGAUUGACCUUGGUCUAGUAAAGAAUGCCAUCUCCAUGUACUGCAGACUAGGUUUCGCUAAGAGGAAAGGACAGGACCUUGAUAUGGAAGCGUUACAUCCAUCGUGGCAAGACAUUCUUCAGGCAAAUGGCACCAAGAAAUCUACAGUUCAAGAUGAUCUGCUCCUCAUCGACUGGGGAGCUGCUCACACCACAAACUCUGAGAAGACCUCCCCAUCCAACGAGGGCUCCAUCGAUACCUCUGACAUCGCCAGCAUCGAUGACUCCGACGUUUCGACAUCAGCGAUCACGGCGACUGGAGGACAUUCAAAGAGGAUAGCUUUCCUGUUUGAUUCCACCCUGACAGCGUUUCUCAUGAUGGGAAAUUUAUCUCCGGGUCUGAAGAGUCAUGCAGUCACUAUGUUUGAGGUUGGUAAACUUUCCGACGAGUCUCUGGACAGCUUCCUUGCCGAGUUGGAUCGGGUUCCUAAAGACAGUGUAGUGGAAGGAGAAGCACAGCGAUACUUUGAACAUGCUGUCAUACUCAAAAACACAAUCACAUUCCUAAGAUACAAUAAGGACAUAUCCCCUGAUUCUGACGGUGUGAGUAAAGGUAUGGGUAUAGAUCUGCUAAGGUGCGAGAGCUUACUGGGUCUAGAACCAGCUACGUGUGCUCGGGUACUGCAGAAAAACUAUGAGAUUUUGGUAUCGAUGGCCCCUCUUAGUAAUGAGAUCAGACCUAUUAGUAGCUGUACGCCACAACAUAUAGGACCUGCUAUACCAGAGGUGAAUUCCUUGUGGUUCAAGCUAUAUCUAUACCACCUUGUAGAGAGUGGUCCUCCGUCUCUCCUUCUAGUCAAAGGAAGCAGGUUAAGAUACCUCCCUGCAAUGUUUCAGGAGUUUGAUCGGUUAUUGGUCACAACAUGGGGCCACGAUCCAGGCCUGGUCAGUACAUCAAAUGCCCUCUUUACAAUAAACGAUGCCCUCGCUCACUCAGCUGUGCUGAUUCAGGCGCAUGGUUGGCUCAGUGAUGGGGAGACAGUAUGCGUACCAUUUCCUUUGGAUGAAAGCUCAAGAAUAGGUUACCUAACAAGGAGUUCCAUGCACACUCACAGAACAGUCAAGAAGCUUGAGGAUGAGCUGGACCUCACCCACUCCUGUGGCUACAUCACCCUCCUCAAAUCAGGCUGUCUGUCAUCUUCGCAGCAUCCUCAGCCAAGUAGCCAAGAUGGCAAGGAUGGCCCCAACGAUGACGAGGAUGCUCAGAGCCGGCUGACUGCAUCGCAGCUCAGCGAGGCGGCCGAUGACGAGGAAGGUCUGGGGGAGGCAGCGGAUGGUGCAGAGAGCAAGAGCCUGGAUGUGGAGAAGGCUAAAGAUUCGAUGCAGCUACCGCUAGGAUCAAGACAGGUACCGGAUGAAAGGGAGAGGAUCAACUCUGAAGAGCUGGAAUCAAACUGGGUUCUCUUGGACCUUAGCUUCGGGGUCCCUCUCUUUGAUGAGGUGGUCAAUCAGGAAGUUUGCCAGAGGAUAGCCGAAAAGCGCCUGUGCCAGAAGAAGAGCUUGGAGUGCUUACUUCAUUCAAGUCGGAAGCUGUCACUCCAACUGCUCAAUUUUAUUGCAAGGCAACAGGACUUACCCGUGGUGCCAGACUUGCCGGCCGAUGCUGCCAUGAUGCCGUCAUCGACCCAGCGCAGCCAAUCACCGACCCUUCCCUACCCCACAAGGAAUCUGGUAUUCCAUGACGGCAAGCUAGGCGUUUGGGACCCCACAGCUAGGUGAACGCCUAUACCCUACUAGUGCUGUAGCUUACUAGACAAAGCAUACAUGUGGUCCUCAAUACACAAAGCUUUGCGAAUAAUCGUGCAACUGUUUUUGUGCCUCUGGCUGCUCUAGAUGGAUGCCGGAAGCAUUUUGAUGUGUAUCCGGGUCGUCAGUAUGUCUACCCCAUUUUCUUUCUCGAGAUAGUAAACCCUUUGAGUGCUGAUGUUGUAAUCUUGCACAUUCGUACAAUUAAAUCCAACGAUCAUAGUAAUUAGUUUUCUUCCCUAACUUCAAACUAGAUAUACAAUAGUUCUUGGAUAGCAACUAUAUAAAAAUAAUCAGUAUCAAUGUUGUGAUGUAGAAAUUUUGAAUUAAAGAAAAUAGCAUUGAACUAAUUGUCAUUAUCAUCCCCCAAAAUCAAUUCAGCAUGCAAAGAGCCUUGAGGAACCACCUCCAAACUCUGUCCACGUAUGCAUACAGUACAGAGGAUGAUCUUGGGCCCCCGUAACACAAAGGUUAGCAGUUAAUCGCGAAAUGAAAUGGCCUAUCAAGAUCAUCGUUGCAUGCGCAUUUUACUUGGUGGACUGACUAGGAACCAAUCAGAAUUUUUCUUUCAAAUUAGCGAUGAAUUGCUAACCUUUGUGUUAAGCGGCCAAUGUUAGUUUAUCUGGGUAUUAAAGAAGGGUAAAGUUCUCAAAGGUUCUUAUAUUCCAGAGAAUAUAUCUUUCUCACAAUAACUGGAGGGAAAAAAAAAUGAAGGAUCAAAUUCAGACUUUGGUUUUGCUGUUUGAGAUUGACGAUGGUCUGAUUGGAGUUUGAUCUUCAGGAGCAAAAUACUGCACUACUCUAUGACUGAUCCAGAAGAUCACGUUUUAUUCCAUAUUCCAGGUGAGUGUCUCAUGAAAAAAUUUUACCAACAGGUUUUUGCAUCUGACAAAUCUUCUUGAUUUUGAUUUAAAAAGCACUGUUACUAUGGCGACUGCCAGAUUAAACGUCUGACGUCCUUUCAUGAGACGCUUCCUUGGCGUUUGUAGAGGCACGCAGGACUUCAAAAUCAUUUUCAAAAAACAUCUCUCCGACAACUGUUUUGUGGCCAGCUUUGUGAACAUCCCUGCUAUUAAGUGAGUGUUCUCGGGACUGCUUUGACUUUUAAGCUACAGCACUAAAUCUUAUCUAAUCUUGUGAUCAACAUGUCUUUACCAUGUCAUCUCAACUGAGGAAUUUGGUGCAAUGAAAAAGUGUAAUUGGUUAUGAUUUAGAUUGUAUUUCUGAAGCCAGAUAUGACAGGUGUUCCAUUUUUUUUUAUAUAAAAAUGCACUAUGGAGCUUCUAAUUUGUAAUAUAAUGGCAUCUAAAUCACACUGAAAGAAAGAUGUCUAAAAUAGUAUAUACAUGGAAUUCCUGUGAGAACAUGUAGAGACAUUGUGUCAUAUAAUGUAAUACAUACAGGGUAAAUGUACAUGUAUGUAUUCCCGUAACACAAAGGUUAGCGAUUAAUCGCUAUAUGAAAUAGCCUAUCAUUAUCAUCAUUGCAUGAGCAUUUGGCUCAGUAGACUGACUGGGAGCCAAUCAGAAUAGUUCUUUCAAAAUAACAAUUGAUCUCUAACCUUCAUGUUACAGGGCCCUGUUUAUUGUUGAUAAUAGAUCACUAAUCAUGACAUCAUCAAAUCUGUAAAUACAUGUAGAUUUCAAAAAUAUUUGUAAUUAUUAUGGCAUUUAUCACUUAUUACUAGACCAAUCCGAUGCACAAAAAUUUCCCCUUUUUUUCUGAGAUCCACAAUAAGUCUGUGAGGGUGAGAGAUAACUGUGAUGCUGUGUGCAAUACAUGUGUUCAAGUAAAGGAUGUAGUCGAGGCUGGAACUUCUCCUGUAGUCUUUGUACAAGUGACUUGGGCCAAGGCCGGCAAAAUGUUGACUCAUGGCCAGCCUUGACUGCUUCAUGCUAACAAAUGUUUCAGUUCAAUGGGGGAUACUUUUUAAAUGGUUUACCCCCUUUGUAUUUAUCUUACCUCUAUUUUCGAAGGUUGAAUAAAUAGAUUAUUAUAGGUCUGUACUUAAGUUAUAGAGACCUGGGGGCAUUAUCUACUUUUCAUCCAACCCCCCUUCCUUAAAAAAAAAAUGUUGCUGUGAAAUCUUACGGACUUCAUUGACUGGUGGAUAUUUCAUAAAGCUGUUUGUAAGUUAAGAGCAAAUUUGAGAAUGACUGGUGAUCCUUUCGUGUGGUAAUUGAUGUAACACUAAAAUGUUCAUUGGUGAUGGCUUAGCGCGUAAGAAAGGUUCGCCAGUCGUUCUUAAACGGUGUGUGUUUCAAAAAAUCUGUUCAUAAAUUACGAGUGAGUAUACAAAUGUCUGGUGACCCUUUCUUAGAAACUAAAUCAACACCAAUGGAAAUUAGAUGUGUAUCGCUUACCACAAGAAUGGAUCACCGGUCAUCCUUAAAUUCGCUCGUAACUUACGAACAGCUUUAUGAAACACACACCUGGUGGGUGUUUCAUAAAGCUGCUCGUAAAGUAACGCACAACUUUACAAACAACUUGAACAUGUUGUUAUUUCCUAAAUUAAUGACAUAGGGAUGUAUCAUUUAGCCCAAGAAGGGGUCACCAGUCAUCCUUAAAGUCGCUCUUAACUGACGAACAGCUUUAUGAAACACACACCUGGGGGCCGUUUCAUAAAGCUGUUCGUAAG